AUGUCAAAUACUACAACAACAACAACAGAUAAUCACAAUGAAAACCAUGAUACACCUUUAAAAAGAAAGAAUAAUAACAAUAAUACCAACAAUAAUGUAAAUAAUAAUAAUAAUAAUAACAAUAAUGGAAAAAGUUGGUUUGAAUUAAUAAGAAAUAAUAAUAACUCUAAUAAUAAUAGUAAUAAUAAUUAUGAAGAUGAUGAAAUAAGAAAGAGCUCACCAGCUGUAUUAAUGUCAUCAAUGAAUAAUAAUAAUCAUUUACAUACAUUAAUGGAUGACUAUGAUGAUAAUGGUGUUGAAGAAGUGGAUAUGAUUGAUUUACAUAAUAGUAGGUCACCUUUGAUUGACCAUGUCAUUGAUCAACAACCUCAAUCCCAAAGUUCUUGGAUACCAUCAUCACCCAAAAGGAAAUCAUCAUCUUCAUCAACGACUAGAAAGAAUAAUAAUAACAAUAGUCAUUCUCCACUAUCAUUAUCAGCAUCCAAUCUAUUUAGUAAUCAUCAUAGUGGUUACCAAUUAAUGACUGCUGUUUCCUACCAAAAUAAUGAAUUAAAUAAUAAUAAUAAUAAUAAUAAUAAUAAUGUAAUUUUAACAACAACAACAAAUAUGGAAUAUGAAGAUAAUAAUAAUACUGAUGAAAAGAGAUUAUUAGUUUCACCAUCAUCAUCUGUUAGUGUGGAUACAACUCCAAUAUUAAUAUCUAGUGGAGUAUCAAGUGGUGAUGGUGGUGAUAGAGGAGGAAGACGAGGUCACCGAUCAGGAGGAAGUCACAAAAGACAAAUCAUUGAUUCAGAUGAAUUGGAUGAAAUCAUGACACACAGUUAUGGAAACAAUCCAACUACACUACGAAUCUUGUCAUCAUUGGUCUAUAUAACUUGGUUGGCUGCUAGUAUAACUCUUAUUCUAGAGAAAAGGAAUAUAUUUUUACAAACCCAUGCACUUCAAUCCUUUUUCAUUGGAAUAUUGGUAACUAUAUUACAAUUAUUUUUCGUUUGGUUACCUUUUGUAUUUAUUAUGAUUAUUAAUGUAAAUAGAACUGUACAUAAACAACAAAUCAUUUUAUUACCAUUGAUUGGAAAAGGAUGUGAAAAGAGGGUAAAACAAAGAAGUAUAGAUUAUCAAAAAAUGUUAAUAUCUUAUUUAAAAAGAUAUGGUAUUCUUGUUGUAUCUUUACCAUCACAAUCAGUAUUGGAAGUUUAA